UGUUGUGUUGCGCAGCGUUUCUGACCUGACAGUGGUGGUGUUUCUGCGGGUGCUGGACGUGGAGGAUAGCAGCAAGAUAGAAAUCUAUAAAGAUGGCCUCGGCAACAGCAACCUACGGGCAGAAGGAGUCCUCUGACCAGAACUUUGAUUAUAUGUUCAAGAUCCUCAUCAUUGGCAACAGCAGUGUCGGCAAAACCUCCUUCUUGUUUCGCUACGCCGACGACUCCUUCACACCGGCCUUUGUCAGCACAGUUGGCAUCGACUUCAAGGUGAAGACCAUCUACAGGAAUGACAAGAGGAUCAAAUUACAGAUCUGGGACACGGCUGGCCAGGAACGUUACCGCACCAUUACCACAGCUUACUACAGAGGAGCCAUGGGCUUCAUUCUCAUGUAUGACAUCACCAACGAGGAUUCCUUCAAUGCUGUCCAGGACUGGUCGACUCAGAUUAAAACGUACUCGUGGGACAAUGCCCAGGUGCUGCUGGUAGGAAACAAGUGUGACAUGGAGGACGAGCGAGUGGUGAGCUCAGAGAGAGGCCGUCAGCUGUCUGAACACCUUGGUUUUGAGUUCUUUGAGGCCAGCGCCAAGGACAACAUCAAUGUGAAGCAGACCUUUGAGCGUCUGGUCGACAUAAUCUGCGAAAAGAUGUCUGAGAGUCUGGAUGCCGGCGAUCCCGCCGUCACAGGGGCCAAACAGGGGCCUCAGCUGACAGAGCAGCCCGCUCCUCCUCACCAGGACUGUGCAUGCUAAAGCUGACUACUUUCCAAAACCCUUUUCCACUGUCUUUCUCCUUGUUCUCCUUCAGCAGGACCACAGGUCCUUGGGUCUGUACUUCAUCACCCAUUUCACUCCUUUUCCUGCUUGUCUCUGUAGGAAGAUUGGCUAAAGGUCACAAGAAUCAGGUUGAAAAGUGUCUGAAAAGCUCCGGAUUGGUGUUUUUUGCUGUGAUUGCUUCUAGUUUCUCUGCAUAAAUGAGCUAAAAGGUUGUCGUUUUCACUAAGUAAGGUGCUGGUAUGAUGCCAAAGCACUUUAAAUCAAACCGUAGCAUGUCAGACUCUUCGCAGCCCGGUUCUUGAAGCUUUCCAACCCAUCUUGUGUUGUCUCCCUGUUCAUCGGUGUGGUUUUACAAGAAGGAUUUGACGGCGUAACGUACAUCCUCAGAGUGCCAUUUAAAUCCUUCCCAUGUUUACAGUUCUUUGUUUCAGUCAGUCAAAUAUCUUGAAAAGAUGCCAGCCUUGGAUUUGGUGACCAAGAGGGCCACUGCUCAGUUACAUGGGAGUGAUGAUCCAGCUGAGAUCUGCUCGGUAUCAGUGUAAUGCAUUUCAUAUAUGUCAUAAAUGUUUCUUUUUGUUGUCUCACCAAGUUUCAGAACAUUUGAUAUUCAUCUGAGCAUUUUCAUUUUGCCUUUUUUUAUGUUUUUUACCUUGGUGCCCUGUUUGUUCUUUUCAUACACUCAAACACUUACGGGGUGGGAGGGAUAUGAACAAAUUAUAGCUAGAUGAAAAAUAGCAAAAAAUGAAGAGACACAUUUUAUUUACUUAUAUUUAUUUCAAAUGUACAUAUAAAUG